CGGGGCGCCUUCUCUCGGGUGUCACCGCUGACCUGCCCCGGUGCCCCGGCCGUAGUCACGCUACCCGGUGCCGGCAGGAGCCCCCGCUCCCCGGUUUCGGGCUCCCACCGCUACUGCAGGGAUCGCUCCCGGAGUGCCAUCCAGGGGUGCCCUCGGCCGGGAAUGGGCUUUGCAACCCGGGUCUUUACAUGUCUGUCAUUGCACCAUUCCCCGUCCCGUCCCCAAUUGCUGCUGUGCAAACGGGGAGGUCCAUCCGAGCCUUAUGUCCUUUGCACCCCCACAUGCACGGGGGCAUUUCUUGCCUCCUUUUACCUCGGCCCAUUCUCUUUCCUGAUUCCCUGGACCAUGGCAAGCUUGGGCAUAUCCCCCUCCCAAGAGCAUGGGGAGGAACAGCCAGCUCCAGCCCCUUCUGGUACAGCCUGUACGCCCGCACACGCCUGGGCUACCUCUUCUACCAGCGGCAGGUGAAGAAGGCCCGGGAGCGUUACCCACACGGCCACUCUGUGCCCCAGCCCUACUGCUUCCCUGGGGUGAAAAUCCUGCCCAUUCCCGUACUCUCCAACAACUACAGCUACCUGGUCAUUGACACUGGCUCCAGCCAAGCGGCCGUCAUCGAUCCCUCUGACCCUCUGGCUGUACAGGCUGCCAUUGAACAAGAGGGGGUGAUACUGGAGGCCAUAUUCUGCACACACAAACACUGGGACCACAGCGGAGGGAACGAGGUGCUCUGCCAGCAGCACAGCUCCUGCAGGGUGUAUGGCAGUGCUCUCGAUGCCAUCCCACGGCUCACCAACCCACUUGCAGACAGGGAGACGGUGACUGUGGGCCGCCUGACCUUCGAGGCGCUCGCCACGCCUGGCCACACUGUAGGCCACAUGGUCUAUGUGCUGGAUGGGGGCCCCUUCGGCAGCCCCCCCUGCCUCUUCUCUGGGGACCUCCUCUUCCUUGCUGGCUGUGGCAGGCCAUUCGAGGGCUCCCCUGAGACCAUGCUCGCCUCCCUGGACGUAGCCGUGGGCUUGGGCGAGGACACGCUACUUUGGCCAGGCCAUGAAUAUGCACUGGAGUGCCUGACCUUUGCCAGCCUCCUGGAGCUGGACAAUCCUGCGCUGGAGCAGAAGCUGCAGUGGGUGGUGCAGCAACGCCAGGAGAAGAGGAGCACGUGCCCCUCCACGCUGGGGGAAGAGCAGACCUACAACCCCUUCCUGCGGACCCACCAGCCAGAGCUGCAGGAGGCACUGGGACUGUGGCAGGCCGGGGGGGAGGACCCCGACGCCUUCCGUGCCCGUGUCCUCAAGGAGGUGCGGAGGCGCAAGGACCUCUACCAAGCCACCUAGAUCUUCUCCCCUCCCCGGGUUCCCCCUUUCCACGGGGCCAGGUGAUGGUUGGGCACAGAGGGCCCAAGACUGGGUGGUUUGUUUUGCUGUGAAUCUCCCUCCUGGGAUGCAGGGUUGGGGUAGGGGGAAGAGUGGACACCCCCUUAAGUGGACACCCCGUAAGUGAUCCUUGCCUUUGCUGCCUCGAACUUGGGGGUCACCAGCUGUCACGUAGAAGCACUUCAAUCUCCUCUCGGGGGGUCUGUAGCCCCCCACCUCACUGCUGGGGCUAUAGGAAUGGAACCAAGGGCUUCUCCUACAAUCCCCCUCUCCCCCUUCGUUUUUCUGGGAAUCUCCAAUUUCCCCUCCACCACUACUACCACCUCUCAGCCCCCUCCCCUUAAGCCCCCAGUGUUGUGCAUCUUCUUUGUGGGGGCUGGGAUGGAGCCAGCAAGGGGAGGCGGGCGGGCAGUACUACCUCCGGGCACUGGGCUCCUCUCCAGCACCCCAUCCUUGACGCCGGAGCCCCCCCUGUACGCACACACACGCACACACACACACACACACACACUGGGACGGGGCCAGAGGGUCGCACUGCUGGGGUAUGGGAGGUGCUGCUUCGCUGGGGAUCGGAGCCACAAUCACCCCCACGCCCCAAGUAAAAGACUGGAUCAAUUUUA